UUAACAUUGUCACUUUAAAAAAUCUUUUUCCCACAAUAAAUCUAUCCCAUCCUUGCCGAAUUAAACCUGUUAUAAUAACGUUAACACAAUGUUUGGAAUAGCAGAUUUUGGAAGGAAGAAAAAUGAAAGAGGAGAAAAUAGAUGGAAAAGUCCAUUUUCCUUUGUUUGGAUUAGAGUGGAAAAGAGGUAGAAAACAAAAAAAAUAGGCGUAGGGCCCAUAUAAUUUUUUUUUUCUCAUUGCUUCAAUGAAACUGAAAAGGGAUGGCCAAACAAUGUUAAAAUUUUAUAUUUAUCCUUUCAAUAACAAAAACCAAACUCCCUAACUCCCUCUCUCAAAAAUUGAUUUACUUUUCUCCUAUGUUGUCGUCCUUCUCAACAGAGCCACCGCAGGUUUCCACCGUCGUCAACAUCGCCACAGCAGCUUCGUCGUUGUCGUGAGAGCUCCACUACGUCUUCAUCCGUGUAUCCGUAAGACAAAGACAGGAAUCCUAAUGGCCACUUGCGAACGAGGUCGAGUACGUAUACGAGAAAGUAGGAAUGAGCAACCACCUAAUAACCAUGCCGAGUUCAUGGCGGCGAUGACGAAUCUGGCGAAUACCAUGGAAGCGAAUGCUGCUGCGACUCUGCAAGCUGUGCAGAGGUUAGCUCAACCGGCCGGGGAGACAAUUAGUCGUCACUUUCACAAUGUCCUAUAUGUUAUUCUAUCGUUAGAGGGAGAGUUCUUUAAGCAACCAUCUGAUGAGUAUGUUCCUUAUGAAAUACAUAAUAAUAGUCUAUUCUAUCUGUUUUUUAAGGUACUAACUAUUUCAAUUUAGUUAGUGACAUUUAUGAAAUUGUGUAUGAAAUAAUUACAAAAUUGUUAUGUUAAUAUGUCAAUAUACUUUCCAAACAAAGACUGCAUUGGAGCCAUAGAUGGAACUCAUAGUCGUGUGAAGGUAUCAAGGUUGGAAGCCCCUCAUUUUCGGGGGAAGAAAAGAUCACCCCACACAAAAUGUUUUUGCUGCCUAUGGGUUUGAUAUGAAAUUUGCUUAUCUCUUGUCUGGUUGGGAAGGAACUGUCUCUGACUCAAGAAUUUUGAAAGAUGCUUUAAGUAGGAAAUAUCCACUUCAAAUACCCGAAGGUCUGUGAUAAUGUUAUUUAUGAAAUCUUCUAUAUAAAGUUAAAUUCAUAGUCACAGUAUGCAAUAUUUUAAUUUGUGUCUGUAACUGGUGUAGGAAAAUAUUAUCUAGGCGAUGCUAAAUUUAUGUUAAAGCAUGGGAUACUGACACCAUAUAGAGGUGUUCGGUAUCAUUUGAAAGAGUAAUCUGUAUGUGAGCCACAAAAUCCCAAAGAAUUAUUCAAUCACCGACAUUCUUCAUUAAAAAAUGUCAUCGAAAGAUGUUUCAGAGUUCUAAAGAAAAGAUUCCCAAUUAUAGCCGUCGACACUGAACCUUAUUAUUCAUUUGAAACUAUGCGAGACAUUUUUUUAGCAUGUUGUAUACUGCAUAACUUUUUUAUGGGUGUCGAUGUUGAUCAGUCUAUAAUUGAUGCGGUUGAUCGAGAAUUGCUACAAGAACAAAGCAUAGAUAGAUCACAAUCAAAUCAACCACGUGAUGAGGAAUAUAGGCAUGCAUCAUUGUUAAGAGAUAACAUUGCGUUCGAAAUGUGGAAUGUGUAUCAAACAUUAUAGGUGAUUAUGUUUUAUAUAUGUGAAUAUGUAUACAUAUGUAUGUAUAGUUUACACUCAGAAUUGUUUGAUUGGAUUUUUUAUGGGAUUGUUACAGGUUAGAUAAUGCCGAAUAAGGAAAAUAAAUUAGCAGAAUUCAAUCAACCUUCGAAAGACAAUUUAAGAUGGUCUUAUGAUAUGGAUGAAGUUUUGCUAAAUGCAUUAGCAGAGGAAGCAUCAAAAGGUAAUAGACACGAUGGCUCGUGGACAACUGAAGCAUAUGCCAAUGUUGUGAAGACUCUGAACAUAGCAAUAGUCCCGCAUAUAACAAAGAACCAGAUAAAGAAUAGAAUAAAUACAUUGAAAGAUCAUUUUGCUGAGGCAUACGACUUAUUUCAUCACUUAAGUGGAUUUGCGUGGAAUCAUGUAACUAAAAAGUUUGAAGCUGAAGAAGAAGUGUGGCAAGACUUUAUUAAGGUAUCUUAAUCUUUGCUUUUAUUAGUUAUACUAUUGAUGAAGUUAGUAAAAAAAUUAUUUCAACAUUUGUUCACGUCGGAGAAACCACAAGCAGAAAAAUGAAAAAAAUGCAAAUUAAGCAUUAUGAUACUUUGAAGGAGUUGUUCAGAACCGAUAGAGCUACUGGUAAAGGGGCUGCUACUUCACGAGAAAGGAUUCAAGAACUUGAUAGAAAUCACAUUGACUUGAAUGACUCGUUUGAAAACAUUGAUUUUUCUGACAUAGAUGUUAAUAUGGGACAUGAUACCCCAAUAUUUUCUGCUAAUAUAGAUUCACCAAGUGCUCCUCAUAGUGAGCCAACUCAAUUAGGAGGUACUUCAACUACAAGAGGUACUAAGCGUAAGACUCCAAUGAAUGAUUUUUUGGAGGCACAAUACGAAAAAGUUACUUUGAAAAUUACUACCAUGGCCGAUGUUGUAAAAGAGGGUAAUUAUCUUUCUAGCAAACUACAUGACAUGGCUGAAAAACAAGCUUCUGUUGCUGAGAGGCAAGUUUCGGUUGCCAAAAAACAAGUUUCAUUAAUUGAAAGACAAGUUGCAAUUGCUGAAAAAGGGUUAGCUAUAAUACAACAAAGUAGGCCUCGCAUUUAUAGCGAAUCAGAUGUAUAUGAUAUGUUGACUGAAUUGAGUUUGAUAGGUUCAUAUCGGAUGCAAUGUUAUCAAUUCUUAUGUGAAAAUGAACAAAAAAAAGCACCAAAUUUUGGUAUCCCACCUGAACUGCGACUAGAUGUUCUUUUUCAUUUCAUGACUGCUGUUAGUGUUCGCCUAGGAGAUAUGGUACUUCCAGAAAACAUUCACCCUUACAGGUAUGAAGGACUUAAUUUCUGUUGAAUUUGAGGUUAUUGUUAAUAAAUAAUUUAUUAUUAUAUUUUUGUUGCUGUAAUCUAUGACUAUAUCUCCAUGUGCUUGAUCAAGAUAUCAUUCUAUGUUUUAUUUAUGUUAACACAUGGUAACAGAUCACUAUUCAUUGAUAUUAUUCUUUGAAUAGAAAAAUGUUGAAAAAAUAAUUUAU